AUGAAUCAUCUACCCCUUCCAAGAAAUCCGGCUCUAGAUCCAGUAGAAGUUCCCUACCGAUGCACAGAGCCUUACGAUGGAGGUCCUAUGCUCACUUACCCCCACAGACAUGGAUGGCAGGUUCUGUACCACCCCGGUGGAAUUUCGUAUCUCGUGGAAGGAGAGAAGCCUGAUGAUAGGAAACUCGAAGCUUUUCUACAGAAUUGGUUGUACUUCGGUCUCCUUUCUGAAGUGUUCGGCAGCUUCAUCGACAUUCAAGAAUUUAUCACAAGCACCAAGGACGGCGAACAUGUUGUCACAACGCAAAACCAGGAGGCUUGCUGUGUAUCAUGGCAAGCACAGUUGACAACGUCGAUCCAAAGAGCACGUCCUGGAGAGCCUCAAGGGUGGGAGCACGCAGCUAAAUUAGGAUCCCACGUCUGGAAAGUGGCGUUGAAUAGCAAGAGUCGUCUCAAAAAUGACGAGGUGGAUCCCAGAAUCUGGCUGUCGAUAUGUGUUUUGUCAGAGAGCAUCCAACAGGUUAUUUGCGACGUUGUUUAUGACUAUGACCGAUCUUUAAGUCCAGCGAAAGAUAUAUGGCGAACACCACAAAAUCCACCUAUUGGAGAGUUCCUCUUGGAGGAAAUGAGAGUGAAGGGAUGGUGUCCUUUCGACAUUUGGAUCAUUGAUCUUACGACGAAAUCAGGGUCUUUGCUUUACUACUAUGCAAAUCUUCCCCCUCCUCGUCCACAUGCCGAUCACUCCAAAUGCAGUACAGAAGGCUGCACCGCCAUGACUAUUGAUUCCUCGUAUCGGACAAGUCACUCAAGGACAGGCUGUCAUUGUGAAGAGGAGUUCGGUGAUGUGGAAGCUGUCAAAACAGCACUUUCAGGAACUGAAAUCCCUUUGAUCCAGCGGGUGACCGAGAUUGAAAGCGAUUCUUCAGCGCAAUUCAAGAUCAUUGAACAAAAUCCAAGCUCGGAAUUUGUCUCCAUAUCUCAUGUCUGGGCUGAAGGACUCGGUAGUUACAAUGGCAAUUCAUUGCCGCUGUGUUCAAUGAAACGGAUAUCAAAUUUGGUGGAUCAAUCUUUCUCGUCCGAAACGAACAGUAUGGCUUUCUGGCUCGACACGAUUUGCGUCCCAAUCAAACCUGAAGAAAUGCGGAUCAGAGCUUUGAAUCGAUUACGAAAGCCAUAUCAGGAUGCAAAGCAUGUCUUAGUGCUGGAUUCGUACCUCUACAGUCAGAAAGUAGCCGAUAUGCCAGCCCUGGAAGCAUGGGCCAGAAUCUUGAUCUGCACCUGGUCUCGCCGGCUCUGGACAUUUCAGGAAGCGCGACUCGCAAAGGACUUGUGGUACCAAUUUGAGGAUGUCGCAGUGCGCAUGGAGGACCUAUUUGUGGCUAUUGACAUGCCGUUAUCAGCUAGGACAUUACAGGAUGAAAUCACCAUAGCUUAUCGUGGGCACAAUGUCCUCCGCAACCUAGGAGGUAUACCAGAGGAGCUUCGUGCAGAAUUCCGUCCUGAGCCUGAUGUAUGGGAUAUGCGAGAAAGUCUCAAGGCUCGGAGCGUCAGCGUCAAGUCCGACGAAGCGUUGUGUCUGUUCUGCAAUAUGAACCUGGACAUGGAGAUGGUCACUGGCCUGGCACCUGAAUCUCGAAUGCCCAAAUUCUGGUCUGAGGUCUCGAAGAUACCCGUCGGACUUAUAUUCUCUGCCUCAGAAGAUAAAUUCACUCAACUAGGAUUGCGAUGGGCUCCAAAGUCAUUCAUGGGCGAGCUCGACAGUCGAUGGUGGUACUUGGAGCAAUGUAUUCAGCCUCGUAUUGACGGACAUCCAACUCCAGAUAGCCUUCACGCCCAGCUUCCAAGUAUCUUGUUCUCGUCUAAGCUUCUCAUAGAAGAUGGCAGCUUUGACACACUCUUUUCAGAUAAUUGGCUUGAUCUUCAAGACGCUCACGGAAGGUGGUACUUUUGCAAAAUGCUUGGCUAUUGGAACCAAAGCCGAAAAGAGGAUCCACGAGAGGGUCAUUUACUUGCGAUGCUUCUUGUUAAACCUGUGUCGGAGUUCGAUAAGGAAACUACGGAGAAUGAAUUCGACUUCCAUCCGGGAAUACAAGGAGUUAUUGGGACUGUAUGGAAUGAUGGUGGCGAGGUUCCGAGAUUUGAGGGCUGUCGACAUGCCAUGCUCCAUCGAUUUUCGGAUGCCUAUUCAAGUCUCUUGAGUGCCGUUGCUGCUUGUGUUGAACAGUUCGUUGAGGCGGAAUGUGGGUGGGAUGGUGAGAAUGAUGAUAUUGAGGAGGACGAAGAAGACGAAGGUGAACAGGAAGACCAAAGUUCAAGCGAGAACCAAAUCGAAGCUGCUCUCAGCAAGAUUGAGAUAACAGACAUCGACUUAGAAGUGGAAGAGGUCAAUGACCCCAAUGGCGACGGGAAAUUAGGCCAAAUCAAUGACGAGAUCGAAACACCAGCUACCUUCAUCCUCACCCAAGACCGUCGAGAGCGAUGUCAAGCAUUUGGAGAAAUCUAUGCCAAAGAGAAUAUCGAAGCCAGAGAGAUUUGCUUGAAAAUUGGACGCAAUGCGGAAAGAAGUGAGGAAGCAUCUUACGACCACUUUGGGAAGCUGGCUAGAUUUCGGUUGCAAAUGAGACUGAGGAACCAGAUCCUGGUUGGAGACCAGACCCAAGCUUUCAUAAUUGACUAAGGGAUCGACUAAGCACAGUCGCAUAACGACCGAAGGUGAAGAAUGUACCUUAUAUUAUUCAACCUUU